AUGCUAUCGACGCUACUCUAUGGCUUCUACGUUGCUGUGGCGUACGAGUGUACGCGAAUGCUGUGGAUGAAGCGCAAGCACCGGCGGGUACACAAGUAUUUAGUCGCGACGCAUGUGGUGCUGUUCGUCUUGGUUAACUUGCGCUGUAUAACGACCCUUGUACGCUGUCUCAUAGGAUUGCGAUUUCACCAACAACCGGAUGGCAGCAUCGACACGGGCUCCUUGAACUCGGCGCAGUCCAUGAUAGCGAACAUCGCCUGGUUCUUGUGCAUAUUGGUCUCGGAUGCGUUCAUUAUCUAUCGGGUUCACGUCGUAUGGCGAGCGAAUUAUCAUGUUGUCACUCCAUUGGUACUUGGCUGGAUUGGCAAUGCCGCAACCGGGGUAUGGCUGCUGUAUACGCUGCGUACCUAUGGACCCGGCGCGUCGGUGUUCGAAGGAUUGCUUACGCCAGCUAACAUUGCGUUCAUUGCCUUCACACUGUAUACUAAUCUGGCUGCCUCUUUGCUCAUUGCGUACCGCAUCUGGCACGUCCGGCGGGGCGUCGAGCACCUCACUGACGGGAAUGACACCGUCAGCAAUCUUGUCGGUAUCAUUCUCGAGUCUGCGGGAUUCUACUCCAUCUUGCUGGUCGUGCACAUCAUCCUGCUCGGCGUUGGUUCGUUGGUGUCAUACAUCUGCGUCGACAUGGAGGCGCCGGUUAUUGGCAUCGUGUUCUCAUACAUCAUAAUACGCGUCUCCGAGGGCGUUGCGCACGGGAACACUAGCAGCGGCGGGCCCACGAGCGGCGACACGUCCGGACCCCGGCGAACAUGGAACUCCGGUGCUCGCCCAGGCGUCGGUAUGAACACGAUCGACGUGGCCAUCCGCCUUGAGACGGUCACGCAUCACGACAGAUAUGGUCAUGCAACACGCGUAUCUGCACUCACUACACACCUGCUUCAACUCCCCGAAGAGGUCAGACCAACAGUCUACCUGGUCUCCUCCGCGCCACAACACGUCUUCGCGGACAGCCGUGCGUGGUACUCCAGCUCAUCGUACUCAGGCGCUGGCGAGGUCACUAGAUAUCAGGUCGAUCGGCGCAAGAGCGUAGAGGUUCUCAAGGCGUUCUUGCAUAGAAAGGAUGUCCUGCUUACCGCGGAAGCCGGCUGGCUACGAGAGAUCGGAGCCCAGGGCGUGCUCAGUGACGCUGCAUUUCUCGGAUGUCUUGCAGCGAAGGAAGCUGGCUUACCCUCCAUCCUCACCACGAAUUUCACCUUCGAUUCCGUCUAUAGCUACCUUGGCACGCCAUUGCUGGAAGGCAGUACCUCCGAUCACCUUCAUCUAGACGAGAAACCCUCCGAAGCCUACGAAGACAGCCCCAUCCCACAAGCCGAGCUCGAGCCGCUCGUCAACGAGAUCAUCUCCGGCUACCGCUGCGCCGACCUCUUGCUCUGCCUGCCUGGAUGCAUCCCGAUACCCUCGUUCAGCUCUCGGCCUGCACUUCCUGCACCUGACUGGGUGAAUCCAAGUACGAACACGCUGCUGCCUGAUGUUAUCCAACACCUGCUCGCUCUUCGAUCCGGCGCACCUCAAGAGCUACACCCUCCCGCAACCGCAAGCGGACGACCGCGAGCCGUCGUCCCAGCUCCCCUCCUUGUGCGACCAUCAAGCACGGCUGCGGUGUACAUGCCCUCGGGCCGCGCCCGAUUCCUCUCGUCCAUCGGUAUACCGGAGAACCUCCACGACCGCAAGAUCCUCAUUGUCUCCUUCGGCGGCCAAGUUAUACGCUGCCCGAAGAGAAACAGCAACAGUCGACCAAGCAGUCGAUCCCACACCCCAAGCCCUUCGUUCCACGCUGGCAUGUCUUCGCUUACGACCCUCGGGAACAAUAAGGAGAACCUGGCGCAUCUGCUGUCGAGCUCGGCGUUUUCGCAAGGGCGACCGCUCCUGUCGAGGAUCGCCACGCCGAAGCAUUUGUGGGUCCCAGGCGCACCGGCUCCGGUGACGAAACCAUCGCCCGCGCCAACGCCUUUCUCGUCGCCGGUUACGAACGCCCAAAUGCCUACUUUUGACGCCCUCUUGACACCGACGCAAUCUAGAUCUCAGACCGAGACAACACCGACGUUCAACGCCUUCGCUAUACCGCCAACGCCCGUUCUCAAUGGCGACUCCGACCUACCAUCUGGCUCAGCGGACGGCGAACUCGCCGACGAACCUCGCCUACUACCCGACGACUCCCGGAUCGCGAUCAUUUGCGGCGUGUCCAAGGAGCAGUGGGCGAAGGAGGACAAGGACGAGCACAUGCCCGAGGACUUCUUCAUCGCGCCGAAGGAUGUGUACAUGCCGGAUUUGACCGCGGUGGCGGACUGCUUGCUGGGAAAGUUGGGGUAUGGGACGGUGUCGGAGUGCAUCGAUGCGUGCACGCCCUUUGUGUAUGUAUCGAGACCGCUCUUCAUCGAGGAGCAUGGUUUGCGACUGCUUCUGGACGAGGAAGGGACGGGCGUCGAGCUGGCGCGCGCAGCGUACGAGCAGGGAGAUUGGGCGGGUGCGGUCGAGGAGGCGUAUCAGAGAGGAGCCCCAUCGAAGGCGUUGAAGCGGGCGUUGGAGAGGGUGAUCAGUCGCAGGAAGGAGGACACGGUCCUGGGCGACGGAUCUCUUUCUCGCACGGGCGGGACGAGCAUCGCUCAUGGGGGAGCCACACAAGGGGUCGGGGACGUUGACUUUGGGGCUAGCCUACCGCAGGUGCAGCAGCAGACGAGGAAGAUGGCGCGUGCGGUGGUCGAGUGGUUUGGUGGGGCGGACCUCAGCGUGUUCGACGACGUGCGAGCUGGGUUGAAGCAGUCAGCCUUGCCCUACUGA